GAGGGGACCCAUGGUGAUCUCCUUCUUGGAUAAUUUUUAGCAUCAGCAGAAAGCAGAUGGUCCUCUGCUCCUCCUGGCCCUGUGCCCAAAGCCAGAUGACUCUCCAAUGGAAGAGUUACUUGAGGAGAGGGAUAUGUUUCUGCAGAGAUUCCUCACACCAUGUGCACUCACUAGCUGCAGUCUGGUGGAUCACACUUUCAGUGGUGGAAAUGAAGAUACUACGGCCAAACUCUUAGACAUAUAUUCAGAGUGAUGCUGCUCAGAACUGUUUACUAGCUCACUGCUGUAUUUAUGCUGCCACUAAUUACUUUAUUAUUAUAAAACUACUUGAGGAGAUAAACUACUAUAAAUCAAGAGGACAGGUUGAUUCUGAGGGAUUAACCUGUCUGAGCUAUUUACAGCCUUGUACUUUUAUGUGUUAUUAUUAUAUCCGUAAAAUUGGCAGCAGUUUCCAAGGGUUAGAGAGCAGCCAAUGAGAUGUCUUUUCUUAGGUGGUAAAGCUACUCAUUGAUACCAUGAGAUUUAGUUCAGUCUCAUUAUGGAUAAUUCAGCUAUAAAAAUCAGAUCAAACAAGACUGGAAUAAAUAUUUUGGUUUUGAUAGGGGUAACUCAAGCCUCCUUAAUUGUUCCUCUGGAGAGUGGACAAAAUAGUGGAUACAAAAAUACUGAUUGAAUUUACUUUUACAAACAUUUUAACAUGAUCCAUGACAAAUGACUACCAGGGACAUUUAGACCACAUUCAUAUAAAAUCCCUUCUCCGCUCCCCCAAAUCUGGAUUCAUGUACUCCCUUGUGCGGAGGAUCUAGUUCCUGUCUUGUCUCCUAUGGAAUUCCUAAGCCCAGCAAGGAUUCAAGCUCUGCUUGGGUUACCUGCAUUGUCUACUCUAAGCUCUGUGGAGAUGUGCUUGAACACUAAACUCCUAGAAACUAAAUCGCACACUCCCCUGCCUCCCACAUGUGUGCCCCGCCAUUGCACAUCCAGCUUCCACUCACCGGCACAUCCAACACCACCAUCAUCACAUACGCUGUCCAAGUGGAUGUACUCCCAGAACUGCUUAUCAAACACUCGGGAGUCUGGCCGUUGUUAGGUUGGCUGGGGUACUUGAUCUCUGAAUUCCUUAGCACUCUAUUUUUUCCCUCUUUAAACUUCAAUGCUGUUUAUUUGCAACCUUUACUCCGGAUUCAUGUUUUCUCCCCAAUCUGCAAAACUGCUUAAAUAAUUUUUUAGUAUUUUGGGAGCUGCGUGUAAAGUGCUGUCCUUUUACACAAACCACUUUUGCAAUGAGUAUUUCUUGUUUUCCAUUUGUUUUGCUUUUUGUCUGUUUUUUUAUAUCCCCAGCCCAGCAAUUAAAUACUGUAUUUCUAUUAAUUUUAUUUUUAAAAAGCAAGGGUAAGUGCUUUUUGUGCACAAAAGGGCUCCAGGAAAAAGUUGUGAAUAUGGGUUUUUUUAAUAGGAACCCAAGACCUUACAGUACUACAUUAAUUAUAGCUUGUAGUGUUGUGUUACUUGCCUUUAGUUUGUUCGGGUCCCUUACAGAUAGGUGCACAGUUAAGGCAGAUCUCUGUUGUCAUUAUGUUAGUUGGCUAGUGGACGAACUUCUGCUUCUCCUUCUGCUACAUCGAUGAGGAGGUUUGCAGGUGGUCUGCAGCUUCACACCACAGACCUUGAUGAUAUUAACCUGGAUGAUGUUGAUAAGCCUACAAAACGCAUAGCACCUCUCCCUCCACCACCUCACGCAACUUCUGCAACGUCAGCAGCUCACCCACUUUCUUCACCACAUGUUCCAUCUUCAAGAUGUCCAGCCCCCACAGCUUCUUCAGGUUCACGGGUGACUUUAUCAUCAUCCACUGGGAUGCAUCCUCCUGCACCUCCUCUCCCUGCCUCCUUACCCAGUCAACCCACUGGAUCUCUCUGUGUACCACCCAUGCUCUUAGAAGAAAGAGUGGGAAUCCAGUGUUACCAUUCUUCUGGCCCUACAGAGUCCUUACAUGGCUGGGAAACAAAAAAUUACAGAGGAAGAUCUACUUUUGGACCCAUUAGCUCUCAGAAUAAUGACCACACCUAUUUAUCAAGUCCAAAGGGUCUAAGAAACAACUCCCGUGUUGGCAAAAUAUCAUCUGCAUCAAGCAAUCCACUGCAAUUUGCUCCAAGCCCACCUACCCAGCGCCGGCCAGGGGUAUCUAUAGUCUCUAAGCCAGUCAUGCUGCAGCCUGAUCCUAAUUUUAUGGUCAGGUCAACGACCAGACCAGAGGCCCUGCCAAAAGAGAUGUUUAAAAGGAUGGUGGUUUACAAUUCAUCAUUUAGAUCUAACAAAAAACAAGUAAAAUAACAUUUUUCCCUCUUUAUUUGUGUGGUACCUUUUUGCUUUGACUGUUCAUAGAUGAUAACCUUUUCUUUGUCUCUCUUCUUUUUAAUGACCAACUUUUCAGACCAAAGAUGCACUACAGCCCUAUUGCAUGGAAUCUAUUACUCAUUAUAAUCUUUCAGUGUA